UCUCCAUCUCGGCGAAUCUCGGUGGAACGGAUGAAACAAUUCGUUCGCUGUUGAUAACACGACGGAUUCCUCAUCGACUCAACAUUGUAUCUAUCCAACUGUCGGCUUGUCCGAAAACAUCAGUCAACUUGAUUCUGCUUGACGAAUAGCUCGCAUCAGUGACGGUGAGGUGCCGGCAGGUUCAGCCUCGAUCGAGACGAGUUCACGCGUUCUUCGAUUCUGUCUACCCGGAGCCGUUCCGAUAUGUUCCAGGUCCGUCUGCACACACACGCAGGAUAGCUAGUCAGACAUAAAUGGAGAAGGACAUUGAAAAGGACGUCAGUGUCCUCUCCGGACUAUUUAGUUAUAUCAUCACAGACCUCAAGGGUAGCACUCCAAUAUGGGAAGACUUUCUCUUGAAAACGGGCAAACUUCACACGCAACUCAAGGUCACAAUGAGUUGCUUGGGCGCCUUCGUGGAAGCCCUGCAAAGAAUCGCCGACAUGGCGACCACUGCCCAGGGAGCAACCCGGGACGUCGGGAAGGCUCUGACCCGGCUCUGUCUUCGCCACCGGGCUUUCGAAACGAGAUUGAAAUCCUUGAUCGAAGCUUUGCAAGAUUCUCUCAUCAUUCCGAUGACGGAUAAAAUCGAAGAUUGGAAAAGGAUAACAACGCAGAUUGACAGGACUCACAGUAAAGAGUUCAAACGCGCGCGGUCCGAGUUGAAGAAGAAAAACACAGACACCUUGCGUCUCCGUAAAAAAGUCAAACGCGCCAGUUCCGGAGCCAUGGGUGGAGGAUCAGAAUUGGUGCAAAAGUGCCUCAACCACGCCAUGCAGGAUAUCCAUGACGACUACAUUCUAUUAGAGGAAACUCAGAAACAAGCAGUUCGGAGAGCUCUGAUUGAACAGCGUCGACGAUAUUGUGCCUUCGUAGGCUGUAUGAAGCCAGUCAUGGACGAGGAAACCCACCUCUUAGAGGAGGUCGGUCAUCUCGAGGAAGUAAUGGACUCGUUGUGUAAGCUCACCGCCAAUCCAGAGCGGCUCCCGUCCGCUUCGGAGCAAGUUAUUGAGGAUGCUAAAGUUGGAUACAACCUCAUGAGUGAAAGCAUCUACGGUUACCAUAGUCCACCGAGUUCUCCGGGCAGCUCAUUAGGCUCUCGGAAAUCUUCAAUGUGUUCAAUAUCGUCGGAAUCCAACUCGACCGAUCUCUACGGAUCUCAGCGCGGACGCUCGUUGUCGCAACCUCCCCCACUUCAGGUUUCUCGACUCUGUAGCGUCUCGAGUCAAGACUCAGGCUUCAAUUCUCACGAUGGUGGAGUUCGGAAAACGGCGCAACGACUCGAGAGCCUUUUUCAGAGGCAGAAUUCCGACGAGGGAGCGUCUGUUGCGAACCCCAUUUACGAUUCUCGUCCUACUGACACUCCGCCCCAUUUGCCCCGACGAAACAACAGCCUGCCCUCAAACAGUCUCUUCGACCAGAGUGCAGCUUCCACACCCUCAGGAAGUCAGCCGUCUUGUCGUUCAGAGCCGCAAUCUCCACAGAUGGCCCGUGCGGGCUUCUCGGUCACGCAAUCGACACCUGACAACGAAAGCACAAAACCUGUGUUUUUGUCACGCACUCCUUCACACAUGAGUACACUGCCAGUCCGGGGGCGGGACAAAUCGAGGAAAAUUCCGCCAGUGCCUCCAGUGCGACGCACUCCCCCAACGUCAACACUGAAUGUUUCUCUCCAAUUGAAACAGCUAGAUGAUACGAAAUACGACAGCACUAUUCCCUCAACCUCCUCCACAAUCCCCAUUCGUGAUACAAAGGAUAAGUCUCCGGAACUGCCACUGCCUUCACCCCCGGCGGAGCUUUUGUCACCGUCCGAGGAGAAUUCAAUUUACGGCAGGAUGAUCAAGAGCUGUCACGCUACACUGGAGAGAAGUCAGAAACAUCAAGAACCGACGAAUUACCACGAGGAACACAAUGCUUUCCUGGGUGGCAUCUGCUCGAAAAUCAACGAGAAGUUCGGCGGCGACUCCACUUCUAAUCACAACAUAUACGGAACGUUCGGGAAAGGCAAGAAGAACCCGUAUAGGCGAUCAGAAAGUCAGGAGUCAGAGGAGCAGGUCAAGUCUGAGGUUCAUGAACCGGUGAAGGACAAGCCUGUCCAGAAGAACAGUAAAAUUUACAAAUGUGCCUCAUCCGACGACAUUAUAAGCGGUGGAGCGAAUAGAUGGGGCGCUGCCGAGGAGAAUCUCUACGAGCCUAUCAAUAAGGAGCUAAAUGAGUCGAUUUAUGGAGGAAGUCCAUUUGGGGUGACAAUCGCCAUCUCUACAAAUGAUAUCUACGGUUCGACCAGUCACCAACUUGCUGCUUCUGUCGGAAGACCUAGCGGAGCUCCACCCGCGCCCCCAGAGAGGCGAACUCCGCAACGGAGAGCUCAGUCUUUCAGUAAUGAUCUCUACGGCACGAUCGAGGACGAUCCUCCCCCGUCUUCCAGAUCUAAGGUGCAGCAGGUUAAGGAAACGUUCGAACAUCUUGGCGAGUCUCUAUACGGACGAAUCUCACAGUCGGCUUCAACUUCUCGUUGCACAUCGCCUUCGCGACAGAAUCCCUUCCCGAACAAGCUUUCCAUGUACCAGCCGCAGGAUCAGCAGAGUACCAGUGGCGUGGUACACCACCCCUCUCAGUUCAGUAUAUACGCGACCAAGAACGAAGUUCUUACGCCCGGAGUCCCGGUUUCGAUUCCCAAGGUUCCGACAGAUCUGUCGAAGAAACGAUUCAUGCAGCAGCUCAACGAGAAAUUGGCUCAAGGAACGAACACGCAAGCAAGCUCCAUUUAUGGCACGAUUCGAAACUGCAACACAGCUACAAUCAACAAAGGCCGACGCUGUAGUUCGGAAACUCGUCAAAACGGUCAACGUAUCUACGGCUAUAUCGGAGCGCCUGAAGCUGACGUUUCUCCAGCCGCUUCAAGAGUUCAGGAAUGGCUGAGUGGUCGGCCCCCUGUCAAAGAUCUUGGGGAGUGUAAACGCAGCGUGCUCGACCAGAUCAGAAGAGGAGGCAAAGGCGCUACCGGUGGGCCGCCAAGACUGUGACCUAGUGAAGGCUCAGGGAAUUUUUUCUUCCUCAUGUUCAUCUGGACUAUUUAGGCAACAAUUUAAUAUUCUACCCCAAUACGUGCGUCAGAGCCGCACGUAGCCGAGCACGCUGGCGACAGAGACGAAAGCAAUGAGCGGGCACACAGGAGAAUGAACUGCGAGAAGAAGGACAAGGAGACCAUCGAGAGUGAUGAAUGUUGUCUGCACCACAUAGAAGCGCGAUAGGACUCAUUGCCAUGUCGCAACCGAGGCGAGCCCGCCAAAUCGUAUCUAGUCUGAUUUAGUCCGAGCCAGCAAAGCAGCAUCCAAAUGUCAGAGAAAGGGCGGUGGGAGCCCCACAGCGACAGCUCCUGUACCCUCACAGAUCCCCUAUCUAAUUCACCGUGCUGGAAAGGAGCGGAACACCUACCGCUUGA